AUGCGUCGUCGUUGUUUGCUUGUGGACACUAUCCGACUGCUGGACUUUUCCGGUAUGGAGGUGGUCCUACUGAGGUGCCCACAGUUUUACGCAAAGGAGAACUUGAUGACCGUCUUUCCAGAGGCAGAGCGGCGCGCACAAUUCAUUCGAGCAGCACAAGCAAACAGGGAGUCAUCGGAAGCGAAUUACUAUCUCCUCUACACAUUUCAGUCAGCUGACUUUAUUCGUAGUGAGGACCUCGCUACGUUGGAUGGCGAUGAGUCGCAGGACCUGACAGGCGCGGAUGAUGAGGCGACAACUGGAAAGUCGUCGACAGCGCCUUCGCCGGUGUGCCCGAGGUUGAAGACGGAGGACAACUUCUCAGAGCUCAUCCGAAUCUCUCCUACCUCGGUGGAAUGGAAAGAUCGCAGUCGCGAACGUUUUUUUAGCUUCAUGGCUGCCGCACGGGCGCGGUUGGAGAAGUAUUUCGGUAGCGCAAACGAAUCAUCCUCAUGCUUCUUCAUGGACUGGCCGGACCCGGCGACGGGGCUGCCAAUCUGCACGGAGCGCGGGAGCACCAUCUUCAGCGACGCCGACGCGAUUCAGCAGUUCUUCUCAUUUAACAGUGUUCUCAUUGCUGGCCCUGGUGGAGGCUGCCGAAUGAUUGAGCAUCCGCGAUUCGGUCUCAACGUCUACCCGGCGGUCGGUGUCCUUGUUGUGCCACGAGACGCUGAGGGGUCGUUGUGUGAGGUGAUCCGAAGCUUCGCAACGUGA